UCCCUUAAAUACACUAAUCAUUUUAUUUUCUUCACACACUACUGUGAACAAAAAUAUUAGUUUUUUCCUUUUUUUUUUUUUUUGCUUUUUCAUUUUUUUUAUUCUCUCAACUUAAAAAGGAAACCUUUCCUCAAAAUAAAUCAAGCUUUAAAUCUCUCAUUUUACUACCCAAAAACAGAGAACGAAACCUUUCCAAUGAGAUGAGAACGCAUUUGCUAAAACUGAUACUUUUAGUAUCUCUAUCAACUACAUUCUUGAUCGGAAUCUCCAUCGUGGUGAUCUUCAUCCUCUGCAGAAGAAGAAGAACAACAACAGAGUCCAAUGACCUCCAACACGACGUCGAAUCUCCUUACGAGAAACAAGACUUCUCCGGGUCAGAAACAGAGGAGGAGGAGGAGGAGCUUGUCAUCUUCGAAGGAGGAGAAGAUCUCACCAUCUGCGACAUCCUCGAAGCUCCCGGAGAAGUCAUCGGCAAAUCAAGCUACGGAACACUAUACCAAGCGAGUUUGAAGCGAAGUGGGAAAGUCAGAGUUCUUAGGUUCCUUCGACCUUUAUGUGCAGUGAGAUCGGAUCCAGAGGAGUUUGAUGGCGUCAUCGAGUCGCUUGGAUUUGUCAGACAUGAUAACUUGGUUCCUUUGUUAGGUUUCUACGUUGGAAACAGAGGAGAGAAGCUUAUGAUUCAUCCCUUCUUCGCCUCCGGGAAUCUCUCCGAGUUCAUUAGAUUUUUGGCAGGUGGAGAACUUGAAUCACACAAAUGGAGCAACAUCUUGAGCAUCACCACUGGAAUAGCCAAAGCUCUUGACCAUCUCCACACAGGAAUGCAGAAACCUAUCGUUCACGGGAACCUCAAGUCCAAAAACGUUCUCUUGGACCAGAGUUUUAGGCCAAGAGUCUCUGAUUUCGGCUUGCAUUUGCUCUUGAAUCUUGCGGCUGGGCAAGAGAUACUAGAGGCUUCAGCUGGAGAAGGGUAUAAAGCGCCUGAGUUGAUUAAGAUGAAGGAAGUGAGCAAGGAGAGCGAUGUUUACAGUUUCGGUGUGAUCAUGCUUGAGUUGGUUUCGAGUAAACUGCCAACGAACAAGAGUUCAACUACUAGUUCUGUUCUUGACCAUGAGAAAUUAUUGGAUUUGUGCCGUUCUGAGAUUCUUGGCAGAUGUGGUGAGGAAGAUGUGACCAAAGAGUAUGUUCUUGAAUACAUUGAGCUGGCGAUGUCUUGUUGCUCUCCAUCGCCUUCUAUUAGACCGAGCUUCAAGCAAGUGUUGAGGAAACUUGAAGAGAUCAAGAAAUGAUGCCUAGUAGCAAACUGACUAAUCUGCGGUACAAACAAGCCAAGAGAAAGUUUUGAAUCUUUCAAUCAUUCAGAUACUUUCACCAUCGAUAACAGCGUAGAGCAGAUGAUUCAGGGGAGAAAGAGCCUUCUUGAACAAAAUUUCACCAGGGGAUGAUACAAUACAUAUCACAUGUUCUAGACUGUUGAUACUUACACAGAAGAAAUUUUGCUUAGGCAGGACUUCCAGAAUAGUGGAAGAUAUUUUCAGAUGCCAACAAGGGACUCAAGGAACUUCACAAGGCCUUCAGUAAACCCAAGAACAUCAUCAAAUGGCUUGAAAGUAACACACAGUUUCUUGAAUGUAACGUCCUUAAAGUUGUUUCUCAUAGCAUUGUGUGCAGUAUAUGCAGCAAGAUUAUUAUUCAAUGCUUUUUACUCUUUAUUUUCUCCAUCAAAUCAUUCAAAACUCUGUAUAUAUCAUCCUUCUGGGGAUGGUGUUGAUCCCCAGAGCAAAACUUGUGGAUUUGACCUCCAAUGGUAAUCCAGCUCAGUCCAGGUUCUUUUCUCA